GUCACCACCGCGAACCGCGACGCGCUCGUGGAGACCUUCAGGGAGAUUGCGGAGCUGAUGAUCUGGGGGGACCAGAACGAGCCCUCGUUUUUCGACGCCUUUGUCGAGAUGCGGACGUUGACACACUUCUCCAGGUUCAUAAAUCAGCAGGCGCGGCAUCGGUCACACCUCACCUUACAACUUUUGCAGACCCUCUCCAUCAUGGUACAGAACAUUCAACUGGAGACGUCACUGUUUUACCUGUUCAGCAACAACCACGUCAACGAGCUCAUCGAGUGCGACUUCGACUUUGACGAUGAGGAGGUUAUGGCCUACUAUAUAUCCUUGCUGAAGACCAUCUCGUUGAAGCUCAACCCGGCGACGGUUCAGUUCUUCUUUGACUAUGGCGAUGGCGUCCAGGGUGGAAACAAGAAGUGCUCGGAGGCGCCGGAUGCCAAACUCGCUUCGUUUCCUCUAUUCACGAGAGCCGUCGGUUUCGUGGAGCACCCGGAGAGUAUGGUCAGGGCUGCGGCGAGGACCGUCGUGUUGAAUGUGUUC